GAGAGAGACAUUCUUCUUCCCAGAAGGACAGAGCAGACCUCACAUUUUCUACUGUUAUUCCUACAGACUUUUGAGGAUCUGUUGGAACUGCUGAGCACAGCCACAUUUGAGAGGACAAAACUCAAACCUGGAUUUCUUUCAACUGUUUUUUGUUGUUUUGUCUCGUGGACUGUUGACCACUUUGCAACAUUUUGGAGGAUAAAAACCAGCUUGGAGAUUUUUCUGCUCUUGGUUUUGAGCUCAUAACAACAGAGACAAUGAAUCCUAAAGGAGUUUGUCCUGAAGAAGAAGCCUUGCACUUCAUUGCUUCUGAGAAGGACAAAGACAUAUUUCAGAAGAAAUUCAUCAGUGAAGACAAAGGUCAUGGAGUUAUUGCCACCAGAAACAUUGAGCCAGGAGAAUUCUUGCUGGAGUAUGUUGGAAGACAUAUCUCUGGCUCUGAAGGAGAGGACCUGGUUAAAGAGUAUUCAGCUGAAGAUGCAGCAUUUUUGCAUUUCUAUAACUUCCAAGGACAAAACUUCUGCAUUGAUGGCAGUAAAGAUACAGCAAGACUUGGAAGAUUCAUAAAUGAUGAUCACAUCAAGCCAAACAGCAAAAUUAAAAUAAUAUUGGAUGAGCAACAAAAACCACAUCUGUGUGUAUUUGCAAAGACAGAAAUUCUUGCAGGAGAAGAAAUCGUCUACAACUAUGAAAACCCCAACUGUCAAUGGCGACAGAUGAAGAAGUAG